AUGGCUGACCAACAUUCAGUUCUGCUUGGCUCCUUCGGUUCUCCUUCCAUUCUAGAAGCUGCCGCUGCUGCUGCAGUGGCCGCUGCAGCUGCUGCCGCAGUCACUCUAGAUGAGGACUCCGAUGUUUCUCCCGUUAAGUCACGCUUUGAGGGUCUGGCCAAGCUUGAUCAGAUGUUGAAAACAGCUCAACGACAGAGCUUAGCUAGCAAUGGAAUGCUGGAAGCCACCUUGUCAGAAAACACAACUACGACCUCCAGUUCUAUCUCGUCUCCUUCAGUGACCUCAUUGCGUCCUACUUGUCUAAUCAAUACUUCUCAAGGCCGUCGGCGUCGCCGGCGCCGACUCUCUUCCAGCCAAAGUCCCGAGAUAGGCGAACUUGGCUCACCAUUGGAGACAGUUUCCACCGAAUCCCAGUUGCCUGACGGUGCUAGAAAGAAUUGGCUUGAUUGUCAAAGUGAUCAGUAUACCGAAUUGAAGCUAGCACAUGAAUUUGGCGAAGAAGAACAGCCAUUACCCAUUCUAUUGCUCGAGGUCUCCUCUUCUUUUAAUAACGUACUUAACACUUCAGCCGCAUCGACUAAUCCGAUGGAAUGCAGCGGUCCGGUCAAUGCUAUUAUCGGAAUGGACCCUCUUUUAGCUAACUCGAAUUCUUAUCCUCGAUUUGAUGAUAUCGAGUCCUUUGGCAGAAAAUCUUUAAUAGAUCCUAGUGAAACUGUCAAAUCUGAAUCUGGAUUGACCGAGGUGAUCGCUACUUGUCCAAGUGACCCUUCAAUUGUCUUAGGUGAAGUAGGGGACAGUGAUAAUGAGAUCAGAGUCACGCGGUCUCGCUCCGUCUCUCGUCGGCGUCGCCGCCAACGUGUUCCGAAGAUACAGAAGAGAUCAAAUAAUGUGGUAUCAUCCGAAGUUGGGCUAGAAUCUCUGUCUCCCAGUCACCUGGAAACCGGCAGUCGCGGUACUCCUCCACCACUACUUAGCUUGGCUGAAGAGGAGCGCGAUGAAGAGGCGGAGAUUAUCGAGGGAGGUCUGGGUGCUUCUGCUACACCACCAAAGUUUUGGUCAAAUUGUCAUCAUCAUGCUCUUCCUCCUGCUAUUUUAAAACCAGGACCAAUCAGCACUGAAAUGAGUCUCUCUAAGCUGGUCAACACUGACGAUACGGAUAUUAAGAAUGGCUUUCUUCGUUUAACCAAGGAUCGUCCUGUGUCUUUCGGGUGUGUUUAG